CUCCCAACCUUGCCGGGCUCCUUUCAGCGCCCGAGCUCACCCCCUGGCUCCGCCUACACCCCCGAGCUCUCAUUUGGCUCCGCCCUCUCCCGGUCGCGUCUUGAAAUUUCAGCUGGGCCUCAGCCUCAGGGAUCAGAUUGACUUGAGCAUCUAGCUAUGGCGGCAGCGACCUGGAGAGUGUUGCGGUGCUGGUAUCCGAGUCUCCCACAGGUCUUUAGAUUCCCAGUGGCUCAGGUGCACUUGGGCAGACCAAAGAUGAGAGCCAGUCAGCAGGACUUUGAAAAUGCAAUGAACCAAGUGAAACUCUUGAAGAAGGACCCAGGAAACCAAGUGAAGCUGCAACUCUACGCGCUGUAUAAGCAGGCCACGGAUGGACCCUGUAAUGUGCCUAAGCCAGGGAUGUUUGACCUAGUCAAUAAAGCCAAGUGGGAAGCGUGGAAUGCCCUUGGCAGCCUCCCAAAGGAAACUGCCAGGCAGAACUACGUGGAUCUGGUGUCCAGUUUGAGUCCCUCAUCUGAAGCCUCUAGCCAGGGAAAAAGUGGAGCCGAUGAGAAAGUCCAGAAGUCUAAGGACAUUGUGGUAACCUCUGGAGAUGGCAUCACGAAGAUCACGUUCAAUCGGCCCUCCAAAAAGAACGCCAUAACUGUACAGAUGUAUCAGGAGAUUAUGCUUGCACUUAAAAACGCCAGCACAGACAACUCAGCCAUAACCGUUUUCACAGGAACUGGUGACUAUUAUUGCAGUGGGAAUGAUCUAACUAACUUCACAAGAGUCACUGGUGGAAUGGAGGAGGUAGCGAAGAAGGGUCCUUUGGCUCUGAGGGAAUUUGUAAGCACUUUUAUAGACUUUCCCAAGCCUCUGGUUGCAGUAGUAAACGGCCCAGCUAUAGGAAUCCCUGUAGUCCUUCUGGGACUGUUUGAUGCUGUCUAUGCAUCAGACAAGGCAACAUUUCAUACUCCACUUACCUCCCUCGGCCAGUGUCCAGAAGCAUGCUCCUCUUACACAUUUCCGAAGAUAAUGGGCCCAGCAAAGGCAGCUGAGAUGCUUCUCUUUGGGAAGAAGCUCACAGCAAGAGAGGCCUGUGCUCAAGGCCUCGUCACUGAAGUUUUUCCUGACAACACUUUUGAGAAAGAAAUCUGGACUAGGCUGAAAGAAUAUGCGAAGCUCCCACCAAACUCCAUGAGAAUUUCCAAACAGUUAAUCAGAAAAAAUGAGAAAGAAAAGCUCCACGCUGUUAAUGCUGAAGAGUGCACUACCCUCAAAGCAAUGGUGCUGUCAGAGGAAUACAUCAACGCUAUCAAGAGCUUCUUAUCCAGAAAAUCAAAGCUGUGAAGCCCAUGACAGAAGUUAGACUUCUCAAAGGAAGGAUGUGCCUUCUGUGUUUUCCGGUUUCUGGUAUAUGAACAACACCCUCCACUGCGCCUUUUUCUUGACUUACAACACAGCAAUUAAGAUGAGAAGAUAUCACAGCGCUGACAAAGAAAAACUUUCUUACAUAAAGCCUGAAGAGUUCAUGUAGGUUUUUCCAAUAGAAAGUCUUACAUCUCUUGACACAAAUGUAUGAACCCUAAGACAGUGUAUUUGGGGCCCUGUUUACCGAGGUUUCAGUCCACCUGAUCCUGCAGCCGUUAAGUCCCAAAGAAAUGACACAGAGGUCUACAUCAAUUAUAAACUGAUCGGCCUAGUA